AUGUUUUCCCAAAGCAACUCUUCCAUUGAGUUCUUUGAGGUUUUAGGGGAUGGUAAUACUUCUGCAACACUUAACAAUACAAAGAAAGGAGGAGAGAGUUCAGGAAGGAGAGUUCCAACGGAGCGUAUUCCCAGAAGAAAUUGUCGAUCCUUUGACAAUGGAGAAAUUCACCCUUCAGAUCCCAACGGAAAACCAAGUUACCAACAAAGGCGUAAAAAUAAGGAUGGUGAAACUGCUUCUUCUGUUCCUUAUGUGAAAGCUACUAGCAGAAAGACUGAUUUUGAUUCUUUGGAACCUCGAAGAUCAACAUAUGUUUUCUACCGCACUGUGAAUGUCACCCAAGAACCAAAGUUCAAUGGAUCUGCAGACAAAUAUACUUCAGGAUUUUACAAUGCACCACGUUGGAGGAAAAGAAAUCCACAUGAAUAUACAUACUGUAAGUUUAAAACAACCAUUCAGCGGAGCCAAGAAGACUUGGAAGCAAAUAACAAAGGAGAAUGA